UUGAACUUGGUUAUAGAUACUUGCACAUUCUCAACAAUAUCUCACAAUUUGCUUGGAGCCUAGACAGCUAGAAUACCUAAAAUUAUCACUCACAGUACGCAGAUAAGGUAACUGUGUCAGUAGAAUCAACCUUCCUGAACACACACUAACAGAUGAGUUCUAUUUAAAAAAUUCUGGAAUAUUUGUAAUUUUGCGCCAAUGUUGUGUUGGAGCAAAUGCAGUUGACAUCCCUGCACACACUUGUGUUUAAUGUGUAGCUGCCAGAAGCUUCAUUGUUGUAUGUCUCUUAGUUAUUGUUAAAUGCUGUAUUGAGUACAGGGUUGUGUCACACAGUUCCCAAAUUUCAAAAUGGCAGAAUUAGAGGAACAACGCAUGCAUAUUAAAGUUUGCAUGGAACUCAAGAAAACCUUUACAGAGAUACACCAAAUGAUGCAGGAAGCCUACAGUGAUGAAUGCUUAAGCCAUAGGGGAUUUUACAAAAGGUUCACACAGUUUAAAAAUGCCCAGAUGGAAGUUAAAGAUGACCCUUGUUUAGGACACCCUUUGACAUCUACCAACGAUGUUCCUUAAAAGAAUCGUAUAGCUCCUGUGGACUUUUUUUAAUUUCCAAAGUUGAAAAUCCCAUUGGAUUGAAGAUUUGCAACAAUAGACAAGAUAACAAAAAAUUCGCAGACGAUAGUUUGCAUGAUCAAAGUGAGAGGAGUACCAAGACUGCUUCUGGAAGUGGAAAUGACACUGAGAGCAAUUGUGGAGGAGAAUAUUUCAAAGGAGACCUUGCACAGAUAUGGGAAAAAGGUCAAAAGACAAGCGUGACAUUUAUUACCGCCUAGCAAAAAGUGAUGGUUGGAGAGCAAGAAGUGCUUAUAAAUUAAUACAGAUAGAUGAGAAAUUUAAAAUUCUUGAUGAAGUUAGACGAGUAGUUGAUUUGUGUGCAGCUCCAGGUAGCUGGAGUCAAGUCCUAUCCAAGAGACUCAGGGCUGAUGAUCCCAACACAGAUACAAAAAUUGUUGCUGUUGAUUUGAUGAUAAUGGCCCCCAUUGAUGGUGUCACAUGUAUCUGUGGUGACAUUACAAAAGGUGAAACAGCUAAAGAAAUUGUUAACCAAUUUGAUGGAAGCUUAGCAGAUCUUGUGGUUUGUGAUGGAGCACCAGAUGUCAGCCAUAAAAGUGAUUUUGAUGAAUAUGUGCAGUCAUAUUUGGUGCUGUCUGCCCUCAAUAUCAGUACUCUCAUAUUAAAACCAGGGGGAACAUUUCUAGCUAAAAUAUUUCGUGGGAAGGAUGUUAACCGUGUAUAUGCCAAAUUGAAACAAUUUUUUACUGAAGUCAUGUGCGUCAAACCAAAAUGUUGUCGAAAUUCAAGCAUAGAAGCCUAUGUUUUAUGCAAAAACUAUUCUCCUCCUGUCAACUACGAGCCAACUAUGCGGGCACUUCUGCCUUUGAAGGAAACCUCUGACUUUCUCACUCUGUCUCAGUCCACAAAUGCUAUUGUACCUUUUAUAUGCUGUGGUGAAGAAAGUCCAUAUGAUGCAGAUAUGUGUUAUCCGGUCGAGUUGGAUGCAGAAGGAAAGCAUGUACCUCUCCCACCAGUUCAGGAACCUAUUUCACCGCCAUAUGCGAAGUACCUAAUGAUGAAGAGAAACAAUGAGCUUCCAAAAUACUAAAAUCAGUAAAAGUUGUGAGAAAAUGACCUGGCUCAACCGCGGUUAUGUUUUAUGUACAUUUUGAUAAAAUAAAUAUGUAUAAAUUAA